CAUUUUUGGGGGGUAGCCCUGUAUACUUUUACUCAGGGGAUCAGGAGGAUUAUUGCAUCGAUUUUGGGAUUGAGGACGGAUCCUUUAUCAAACCUAUAGCACUGGUGUGCACUGACUACAGUACUGUUUGUCAACAAACUAGUUGUGUGAAUAUGUGCUGUGGAAAGGAUGAAUACUGUACGACCCCACCAGGAUAUUUUGAUGAUUUUAUACCUCGCCCUUUCCAUCUUUCAUGCGAUACCAUGAAGGUCAACAUGUCCAUCAAUUCAGAGGGUAUGUUUUACCAUGAAGAGUUUUUAACAUCAUCUGAAUACUGCAUUUCUCAAACAGGGUUGAUGAAUGAUGAAUAUGGAGAGGGGGAGGUGUGUGAGUCUAGAAGAAAUGACAAUUAUUAUCUUUAUAUUACAUCACAUCUCAUUAUGGUUCUUCUCCUAAUAUCUGUUGUUAGUCUUCUAGUGAGCUUGAUGUUACAUGUGCUGGUCCCUGAGCUACGAAACUCAAUGUUUAGCUGGAUGAAGAUGUCUCACUUGUUGGCCAUGUUUUGGUCUUAUCUCAUCCUUUUCAUUCUAUAUAUUUGCGGACUUGAUCUAGUCACAGACUACCCGUUCUAUUGCAAACUGCUUGGAUUUUCUCUUCAUUUUUUCUUUCUGGCAAGCUUCUUCUGGGUAAAUGUAAUGAGUUUUGAUAUCUGGCGGACAUUCAGGCAUAUGCGGGGAUACGGCACUAUGGUGGACCGGAUCAUGACAAAGAAGAAGAAGUUUAUCUACUACUCCGUUUACGCCUGGGGGUUCCCGUUCCUAAUCUCCAUGAUAACCCUGACUAUAGAGAGUAUUCCAACUUGGCUUACAGAGAACCUCAUAACUCCAGGGAUCGGAGAGCAGAGUUGUUUCUUCAACACUAACUGGGGAAAGAUGUUGUAUUUCCACGCGCCUGUCGGAGUUCUCCUUGCCGCGAACAUUGUUUUCUUCUUUCUGGCUUCGUGGUCACUCGUCUUCGGUGUUUGGGCCCCAGCAGCCAACGAUAGAAUAAAGCGUAAAACAAAGCAAAGGUUUGCUAUUGUGGUAGAACUCUUUUUUGUUAUGGGACUUACAUGGAUUGCAGAGAUCGCCAGUUGGGCAAUUGCCUGGGGUAUUGGCACAAAGGUUGUGUGGAAAUCUUCAAUAGUAUUCGAUAUUGCCAAUGCUUCACAGGGGUUUAUCAUAUUCUUGAUAGUGGUGAUGAAAUCAAGAAUUAUUCGGAGUAUUAAAAGAUUUUAUCUUGGUCUGCCAACACAGUCCAGCAUUCGCAGCAGUAUAAAAAAGUUCAGUUCCCGCCGGUUGUCUGUAUUCAGAAGGAAGUCUAGCGUGGAGGUAGAACUAGAUAAUAUUCCACCAAGUCUACCACAACAAACAACAUCAUCAGCAACUAGCAUCAUCACAGCAGCAACAUCUAAACCAAAUGCAACGAACCAACCUUUUAACGAGAAGAAACGCAGCUGAAACAUGAUGUAACUUGCAUCCUCAUUGAUUUUUUAUUUAAAUUUUCACCCGAAAUAAACAAUAUUAAUAAUUUUCAA